AUGUGUGGCGAGGUGAACAAUUUGUUCGUGAAAAAAAUGGUGAUUAUCCAACAAGAUCUCGAUAAAGCUCAAAAGAGAAAUGUGACUGGUCCCGUGGAAGCAGUCACCAAGGCGAUGCAUGUUGUACGAGGCGUCAUUCGUUAUGAUGUUGAUCAUCGGGGAUUAACCUCAUUAACAUUUCAUCCAAAACACUUGUUCCAUGAUGAAUAG